AUGUUUGGAACCAAAGGUGGUAGAGGCGGUGGUCGUUCUGGAACCUGCUUUACUUUCACUCUGUCUAGAAGUCUCAUCUUUUGCGGCGGUUUCGGUAACGUUGGUGGAUUCUUCGAAUACGCCUUGGCAAUUCUUUCGCAGUACGCGGUUACGGAGUUCGAACUUCUCCGUUUCUUACGAUCUUGCAGAACGUACUGCCACGUUACUUCUGCCUCUCAACAACUAUCGACAGCCGAGGAGAAACAUCUCUCGCGCCAAUACUUGCCAUCUCUUCUGUUCGGAGGCAUCACGUCGAGGCCUAUGGUCCUGAGAAAACCAACUUUCGGCUCGAAAUCUGGCGUGUGGAGCAAUACAUCCGGAUGUUCCUGCGGUAUUGGUAAUACUGACUCGACCAUUUGUUCCGUCUCCAAAGGUACUUCCGGUGGAUCUGGAUUUAACCUGUAUCUCUUCUCCACUUUACAGAGCUCUAUUUCUAUAGGCAGAGAGGAAAGAGAAAGCGAUUCACGAGCACGAAAAGCAAACAGCAAGAAACCUUAUUACUCGUACUUACCAUUCCUCAUACUUAAAGUAGUUAGACCGAACAUGGCGAGGAAUGCAAGCUUCUUCUCGGAAUACUGUAACUUGGCUGGUGGUCCUUUGAUAAUCCAGAGAUCCACGUCCUUCGUUUCUUCUUCGCCUUCCGAAUCGGAACUACACGCGAGGCCUGAUACGGAGGGUAAAUGGAGAGAAGGUAUAGAAAUGAUAGGCGCCAAAGGCAUAGUUAGGGAUGGAGGUGGCGGCGGUGGCGGUGGUCCAAUUACCGCUGGCGUUAAGGACGAGAUAGAGGGUAUAGGAGGGAUAGGUGGCGGGCCACCGAUAGCCGCGGAGCUUAUAGCUGGCGGAGGUCCAAGGUUCAGAGGGGGUAGAGUAGAAGUCAAAGGAGGCGGCAUAGCCGCGGAGCUGACGGAUGAACAGAUAGUUGCUGAACCCAAGGACGGUGGUGGUGGUCCAAUGGGAGCCGUUGGAUUCGGAAACGUUGACAAACGAGAGUGGUAG